AAAAGGAGGCACCGCCACUGCCAUAGUUUGUUCGCAGAAGGAAAGGAAUAUGCCAUUUUUAUGCAAAUAUAAAUAUAAAUAAAUAUAUAUAUGAACAAACAUUCCCUUCAUUCCUUUGCUGCUGCGCUGCUACUUGGUCUUGAUUCAAUUUCUCCUAUUUUAUUUGAGGGUUUUGAAGAUGGGGAGUUGUUUAUCUGAGAAGAGACAACAGUCUGGUGCAAGUGCAUUGCUUGAAAGUUUGAAUAUGGAGAGAGUGAGGACAAUCUUAGCCCACCCCUACCCCUACCCACAUGAGCAUUCUAGACAUGCUGUCAUUGCUGUUGUUGUGGGAUGUUUCUUCUUCAUUUCUUCUGAUAAUAUGCAUACACUUAUUCAUAAAUUGGAUACUAGUGUUAAGUGGUGGUCUAUGUAUGCUUGUUUGCUUAGUUUUUUCUUUUUCUUUUCAUCACCUUUUUUUGGCAAGACCAUUAAGCCCAGCUACUCCAAUUUCACUCGAUGGUAUGUAGGCUGGAUUUUAGUGGCAGCAGUGUAUCAUCUGCCGAGUUUCCAAUCAAUGGGAGUGGAUAUGAGGAUGAAUCUAUCUUUGUUUAUGACAAUAUAUGUAUCAUCCAUCCUGUUUCUUCUUGUUUUCCAUCUUAUAUUUCUCGGGCUUUGGUAUAUUGGUCUUGUUUCUCGUGUGGCGGGGAAAAGGCCAGAGUUCCUAACCAUUUUUCAAAAUUGUGCUGUGUUAAGUAUAGCAUGCUGUGUCUUUUAUAAUCACUGUGGCAAUCGUGCAAUAAUGGGAGAUAAAACAUUCAAAAGAAGAAAUUCUAGUUGGUUUAAAUUGUGGGACAAGGAGGAGCGCAACACAUGGAUUGCACAGUUUAUUCGAAUGAACGAGUUGAAAGAUCAAGUCUGCUCAUCUUGGUUUGCUCCAGUUGGAUCUGCUAGUGAUUAUCCACUUCUGUCCAAGUGGGUUAUAUACGGGGAGAUAGCCUGCAAUGGCCCAUGUCCAGGAUCUUCUGAUGGAAUAUCUCCCAUAUAUUCUUUAUGGGCAACAUUUAUUGGUCUCUACAUUGCAAAUUAUGUGGUCGAAAGAUCAACAGGAUGGGCUCUUACACAUCCUCUUCCCGAGAAGGAGUAUGAGAAGCUAAAGAAAAAACAAAUGAAGCCUGAUUUUUUGGAUAUGGUUCCAUGGUAUUCAGGGACGUCAGCUGAUCUUUUUAAGACAGUCUUUGACUUGUUGGUAUCAGUAACUGUAUUCGUUGGACGUUUUGACAUGCGUAUGAUGCAGGCGGCAAUGAGCAGGGUUCAGGAUGGAUCCAAACAAGAUGAUCUAUUAUAUGAUCAUUUUGGUGAGAGAGAUGACCUUUGGUUUGACUUUAUGGCUGAUACAGGUGAUGGUGGGAACUCAUCCUAUAGUGUUGCACGCCUUCUUGCUCAACCCUCACUUCGUGUUCAAAGUGACAGUUCUGUCCUUAAUCUACCGCGCGCAAACCUGCUUAUUAUUGGAGGAGACCUUGCGUAUCCCAAUCCUUCAGCAUUUACAUAUAAGAGGCGGUUCUUUCGUCCUUUUGAAUAUGCUCUCCAGCCUCCUACAUGGUAUAAGGAUGAGCAUAUAGCUGUCAACAAGCCAGAAUUACCGUCUGGGAUAUCUACUUUAAAGGAAUAUGACGGGCCACAGUGUUUUGUUAUUCCUGGAAAUCAUGACUGGUUUGAUGGACUUCAAACAUUCAUGAGGUACAUCUGUCAUAAGAGCUGGUUGGGUGGAUGGUUCAUGCCACAGAAGAAGAGCUAUUUUGCUAUGCAGCUACCACAGAGGUGGUGGAUAUUUGGUCUUGAUUUAGCUCUUCACGGUGAUAUUGAUGUUUAUCAGUUCAAGUUCUUUUCUGAGUUAAUAAUGAACAAGGUUGGAGAUAAUGAUUCUGUAAUAAUUGUAACCCAUGAACCAAGUUGGCUUCUAGAUUGGUACUGGAAUGACGUGACAGGGAAAAAUGUCUCACACCUGAUACGUGAGUUUCUGAAGGGAAGGUGUAAACUUCGGGUAGCUGGAGACUUGCAUCAUUAUAUGAGACACUCUUGUAUUCCAUCCGAUAAAACAACUUAUGUGCAACAUUUACUUGUCAAUGGUUGUGGCGGGGCUUUUUUGCAUCCCACCCAUGUUUUCAGUAAUUUCAACAAAUUAUAUGGAACAUCAUAUGAAUGCAAAGCGGCUUAUCCUUCUUGUGAAGAUUCAAGCAGGAUUGCUUUGGGAAAUAUAUUGAAAUUCCGAAAGAAAAAUUGGCAGUUUGAUUUCAUUGGUGGCAUCAUAUACUUCGUAUUAGCCUUCUCUAUGUUUCCACAGUGCAAGCUGGACCAUCUCUUCAAGGAUGAUACUUUUACUGGUCAUCUAAAGAGCUUCUUUAGCACUGUAUGGGACACUUUUAUAUAUAUGCUUGGACACUCUUAUGUAUCCUUAGUAGGUGCCUUGUUAUUGUUAGCAGCUGCAAUAGCAUUUGUACCAUCCAAGGUUUCUCGAAAACGAAGGGCCAUAAUUGGAUUUCUUCAUGUCUCUUCACACUUGGCUGCAGCAAUAGUUCUCAUGAUGCUUUUAGAAGUGGGUGUUGAAACAUGUAUUAGGCAUAAACUAUUAGCAACUUCUGGUUAUCACACUUUAUAUGAAUGGUAUCAAACAGUAGAAAGUGAGCAUUUCCCGGACCCAACUGGCCUCCGCGCUCGUAUAGAACAGUGGACAUUUGGUCUUUAUCCAGCAUGUAUCAAGUAUCUUAUGUCUGCCUUUGAUGUUCCAGAGGUCAUGGCUGUCACAAGGAAUGACAUGUGUACUAACGGAGCAGAUACAUUUCCACGCGUUGGUGCUUUUAUAUAUUAUGCUUCUGUCUUCCUUUACUUUUGGUUCUUCUCCACUCCUGUGGUUUCCUUGAUUUUUGGAAGCUACUUGUACAUCUGCAUCAAUUGGUUACAUCUUCACUUUGAUGAAGCCUUUUCCUCGCUCCGUAUAGCAAAUUACAAGGCAUUUACACGAUUCCAUAUUAAGGAAACCGGCGAUCUUGAAGUGUUUACACUUGCAGUUGAUAAGGUUCCAAAGGACUGGAAGUUAGAUCCUGACUGGGACGGAGAACUGAGACAACCACAGCAGCCUAACCACCUCAGAGAGUUUCCUAGCAAAUGGACAGCGGCUUCAAUUCAGCAGGAUCCAGUAAGCACUGUUCGGAUUGUCGAUCACUUUGUAAUAAAACAGACAGACAAACUUGACUUGAAGCCGACAAACAAUCAAACUUCAUAAUGAUCUGGUACUUUGGCUUUAUCAAAACUGAGUUGAUUAGUAUAUUCGUGACACGAACACAAGCACUAAAGAGCUGGCUCAUUUAUCUUUACAAUGGAAGAAAGAAGAAUGGAAGAAAGAAAGAAUGGUGUAUGUACAUAACACAACAAGCAAGCGCUCGCUCCCUCACUAAUCGCAACAUUCCAUGACAUUCAGUGCCCGCUCCCUCUGCGACUAGGCCCUGAUGGCAGCAUCUGAAACCAACAUUUCAUACAACUCCUCGUCUGGCUGUAGACCGACAAUUUGUACGUUUCAAUGUGAUUCGAAUGCUGAAUGUCCACACGUAAUACCCUUCCAGCAUCGACGCCAUUUAGACUCGUAACAGCAAGAAGCAAGAUGACGACGACGAAUAUGGCCCUCAUGGUAGUUGCAAGAGUGAUCUAACAAGUAGAGAGGUAUGAAUGUCUGUUCUCUGCUUGUGGAAUGUGUUAAAGAAUGUGCAGGAACAUACAAGUAUAUAUAUUGAUUGUGUGUGUUGGUGUCUUUCGUUUUGUUUUAUUUGAGUGGCACUAAGGAAGAGGAUUCUCGCAUGAUUCCGUGACGAAACUUGACAAAGCCAGGCCGAACUUGCUAGUAUUGCCAUUUGUCCUUUACGAGCGACCGGGUUUUUAACCUAUUGUAUUUGGCCGGACAGACUUGCCAAAUUCACUUUCAAUUUUCAACACUCAACUAUAAUAUCACAUCUCCUGUUCAUUUCAA